GAGACAGUUAUCAAUGAUGGCGGAAUAUUGAUGACAUUAAACCAGAUAUUCUUACAAAUAUUACUAUUUCUUGAACAAGCUGGCAAAAAAUAACUUUGUUGGACGUUUUCAAUCAUCUUCAUAGUAGUAGUUGUCACCGGUUUCACAAAAGCAAAGGGUUUAAAAUGUCGGAAAUGCGUGUUUUGCAUCAACGGAUAAACUCUGUCAUUAUGGACAUACUAGCCUCCGCUGCGGUUACAGAGAUUUGUAAGUUAGUAGAAGAUUGUUGUGGAGCAUUACGUGCAGAAGUCUCCCAAAGCAAAGAGCAAAUCAAAAUACUACAGAAGCAACUCAGCCUGGCUGAGUCGAGUUACGGGUCGGUGAGUUGCAAAGAAGGUCAGACGCCGGUCAGCAGCGGCUCACGGAUAAAUAACAAUAUUUCGGGCAAUUCCCUCGCGGCCAAUGAAGAUGAUGCGGACGACACUCACGAUGACGAAGAUUUCCAGCAGUUCAUUGUCUCUGAAGAGGAGUUUCCCCCCGAGCAGCAGCAUUAUAAGCAGGAGUGGAGCCCCAGUCUGGGGAAAGAUGACUGGAACCCCAUACAGAUUAAAGAGGAACAGAAUGAAUUCACUAUCAUCCAGGAGGAGGAAGACUCUGUAUUCACUCCUGCCUGGGUGAAAAGUGACUAUGAUCAGUACUCAACCCAGUCCUCACAAACCCAAAGUGAAAAAGACAUAAUGGACUCGACUGAACAGAUCAAAAGAGAACCUAAGGAAGAUGAUUCAUGGACAGAAAAAGGACAAAGCUCAAAGGGUAAAAAAUCCAUGGAUCUGAAAUCACCAGUGGAAAGGAGACACACAGAAGUGCAACCAUUUUGCUGUAGUGAUUGUGGGGAACGUUUCACUCAGAUGGGAGAACUGGAUGCUCAUAGGAAGGCUCACACAGCAGAGAAACAGCAUCGCUGUGGUGAAUGUGGCAAAUGUUUUACUCAAGUUGGGUAUCUGAACUAUCACAGAAAGACGCACACAGGGGAGAAACGUCAUCGCUGUCAUGAUUGUGGCAAAUGUUUCUUUCGAGUUGGUGAUCUGACACUUCAUAUGAGGAUUCACACAGGGGAAAAACCGCUUUGCUGCCAGGUCUGUGGCAAAUGUUUUGCUCGUCCUAGUAAUCUGAGGUCUCACAUUAGAAUUCACACAGAGAAAUCUUACAGCUGUCAUUAUUGUGGCAAAUAUUUUCGUCAUAAAGGUAAUCUGACAGCGCAUAUGAGGAUUCACACAAGGGGAAGUAAUAUUGUCGCUAUAGUAGCAGAUCUUUCACCACUGGCGAUAAUCACAUGAGCAAUUUUUUUUAAAGUAUAUUGCUGUCAGGAUUGUUGUAAAUGUUUCACUAAUUGUUAGAGUAUGAGGAGACUGAGGUGAGGAACCACAUGCUACCAUGACUGGAAAAUAUUUCAUAAUCUUAGGUCUUCUGAUAUCUCUUUUGUUCGAGGCAUGGUUCACAUCAGGCAAUGCUUCAUGUGAAUAGCAAACUCACAUUUUGUGAGUUUUUAAAAAUGUAUUUCAGGGCAGCUCUAACCAACAUCUCAAAUCUCGUCUCAUUGAUUGGACGGCAGGUUAGUUGAGUCCUGACUCCAAUUAGCUUUUGGAGAAGUCAUUAGCCUAGUGGUUCACAUACUUUCCCCAACCUAUACCUUGAAUGUUUAGAAUAAUAUAUUCAAUAUAGACAAGAAAAAUACAAUUUGUGUUAUUAGUUUAAGCACAUUGUGUUUGUCUACUGUUGUGACUUAUAGGAAGAUCCAGGUAAUUCCAAAGGGUUCACAUACUUUUUCUUGCAACUGUACUCCUCUAGCAUAUACACACGCCCCUUUUUAAACUAUUCAAAGUCAAAGAUAGAUCCAACCCUUGGCCUUCAUCUUAGCUCAUUCAGAUUAGAAGUCUGACCUGGGCCAAUUCAAGGAAAACUGACUCUGUAGUGGACUGGCAAGCUGUAGU